AUGCAGAAAUUGCUGGCCAAUGCUUCACUGGAGCUGGAUCCUGAGAAGAAAGCCCAGCUGGAAAACACACAUGGAGGUCCUGGUGGUGGUGGUCAGCCCAGGCUCCUCUCUGUUGUCAACACAGUCUUUCUGAGCAACAAGAACACAGAGAAACUAGGCUCCCCUGUCAACUUCUCCUUCUCCCACCCUGAGGAGAAGCCCCAGUCACAGCAGGAACUAAUUUGUGCCUUCUGGAAGGGCGACAAUGAUAGUGGCAGGUACUGGGCCCCCACAGGCUGCUGGAAGGUGGGCAGCAGGAAUGGCAGCACCACCUGCCAAUUCAGACACCUGAGCAGUUUUGCUGUCCUCAUGGCCCACUAUGAUGUGGAGGUCUGGGAACAAUACAGGAAAUGGUUGAGAGGGAUCAGGAAAAUCAAAACAGACUCUGAGAAGUACAUCCUCUCCAGCAGGGCCACACCUGAAGCUUACAAGCCCAGCAUGGGGCUGAAGGCGACUGUGCAGACUCAAAGGGUGGCCACAUGGGACUCUGCACCGGGCACCUCCAGCCCUUGUAGGGCCAGAGCUUCUGAUCUGCCUGCUCAGGACCCUGAGUGGCUGCAGGGGGAGAGAGUGGAGGAAGAAGCUGUGAUUCCUGGGGUGCCGUCCACCUGUGUACCAGAACCAGUCACCUUUGCAGAUGUGACUGUACUCUUCACCCUUGAAGAAUGGAGGUUUCUAGACUCUGCACAGAGAAGCCUGUACAGAGAUGUGAUGCUGGAGAGCUACAGGAACCUGGCCUCAGUGGAACCUCAGCUUCAACCCCAAGAGUCCAUUCUUAAGCAAGUUACUUCUGCAGAGAUCCCAUCCAUUGGCAUGAAAAAAGAGCAGACUCCACCUGGGGAAAAAACCUGCAAAUAUAAUGAACUUAGACAACACUUUGACAGCAUUAAACAACUUUUUCAGUAUGAGAGAAUUCAUGCUGGAGGCAACCCCUACAAGUGCCAAGAGGGUGGGAAAACCUUCUUCCAGACUACUCGCCUAAUAGUGGGUGAGAAGAUCCAUAGUGGAGAUAAAACCUGUGCAUGUAACAGAUGUGAAAAAUCCUUCAGAUACAGCUUCAAACUUAUCAGGCAUGAGAAGACCCAUGCCUCAGAGAAGUGCUUUGAAUGUGAGGAGUGUAGGCACACCUUCAAGUACUCCUCGAAUCUGUGGUGCCACAUGAGGACUCACACUGGAGAGAAGCCCUUUGAGUGCAGUCAGUGUGGAAAAACCUUCAUGAAGAACUUCAACCUGACAUUGCGCCAGAGGAGCCACACAGGUGAGAAGCCCUGUGGAUGUAAGGAUGGGAAAGCUUUUAACCAGCUGUCCUCUCUGAGGAGCCACAUGUGGCCUCACACUGGAGAGAAGCCCUUUGAGUACAGUCAGUGUGGGAAAGCCUUGAGGGAGCAUUCAUUCCUGAAGACUCAUCUGCAGACUCACACCAGAGAGAAACCAUAUGAAUGCAGCCAGUGUGAGAAGCCCUUUUGGACAAGCACCCAUCUGAACAUUCACAAGAAGAUCCACACAGGGGAGAAAAUUUAUGAGUGUACUACUUGGAGUCAGGUGCUGAGUUGUCUCUCCACCCUCAAGAGUCACAUGCAAACCCACCAUGGGAAGAAACUCUAUGCAUGUCAGGUAUGUGGGCGGGCCUUUGGCCAGUCUUCACACCUUAUGGUGCAUGUGGGAACCCACAUCGCAGGGAGACCUUAUGAAUUUAAUCAGUACGAGAAGGCCUUCAGGCACAGCUCUUCACUUACUGUGUAUAAGAGGACACACACCAGGAGAGAAAACAUCAGGAAUGGUGGCCUUUCUUUAUCAGCAUCUCAUUUGUUUGGUGGGCCCCUUGCUAAUUAA